AUGUCAUUUUUUAAAAACGCUUUUAACACCUCCCCCAAGUCAAAGGGGGAAAAACCAGCCGAACGCAAGGUUCGGUUUCAACUUCCCGGAGAACCUGUACCCCAAUCAACCAAGCAGGUUUUCCAAAACCUCAAAUCAACUUUGGCGAAGGGAUUCAAACCUUCGCAAACACCUGGGAAAUCACCCUCAGGUGCACCACUGCUGGAAACACCAGUUAAAAAGCUUACCAAGAAAGAGGCCGAAAGGUUUCUUCUUGUAGAGGGAAUACACAAAAGUAUUGCCGACUGCCUCAGGAGAACCUGGAAGUACGACGAAACUUUCAGUGUUUUUCUUAGGCACCAAGAAUACACAACCAAUAUCGAGUCCUACCAUGCAAAGCUGUUUCAAAGAGUAAGAAAGCUGUGGGGAUGCCUGGAAUCCACCUAUUUACAGUCAUUUGCGUCCAUGGAAGACUCCAUAACAAAAAUAGGCAGCACCGCCUACAAAUCUACAGAUGGAAAAUUUCUCAUCUACAAGAUUUCAGAGGAACACUCCGAAGACAUCAGGAGAGAGCUUCCCAGAAUGGGAAGCCACUACAAAGAGGCAUCAUUGAUACUUCCCCACUUCCAACUCUUGAAAAUGAAUUUUGGAGGGGAGGAAACUAUCUAUGCAGUAAGUCCGGCAUACGAGCACCAAGCAACUGAGGGCUGUCCAACAGGCAAUGUCCGCUUCCCCUUACUUACCAAAGAACGCGAGGACAUCCUUCACAAAUUGCAAAGGGACACGACCCAUCUUAUAGCCAGAAACAAAACAGGCUAUAAGCUUCUAGUUGGGGUGGAGAGAAAAGUGGGUAGUCGACCAGGAAUCCAAGUGCGGAUUGUCGACUACCACAGGACAUACACCAGGGAGAGGGGGUUUAGAAGGUUUUUUAGGUUUUUUAGGUUUGGAGGAGCAAAUGUCAAAACACCAGAAGAAUACGCUGCUUGGUUGAUUAAGACUUUAGAUCAGCACAUUGAGGUUAUCGAGGGGGAACUACAUCUAGAAAAUGUAGCUGCCGACUCACACAUUUAUUCUGAACUUGGCAGAUCCUGCGACAAAAUGGCGCCUUUGUCGUAUGAUCUUGUACGGGGAACGAAAAAUGUGGAGGAUGCAUAUGCACUAGGGGUAUCAACAAGGCACAGCGGGAUCAUAUUAUCACAGGUUGGGUUGUGUAAGUCACCGUGCAAGUUGUUUCAGAUGGUGCAGAAGAAAAGCUUGUGGAAUCUGCUUCCGGGGUUUGUUAAUGUUGCAUCAAAAUCAUUUGUGUGCUAUCCGACGUCGACCAAACUCAAACUAUGCCAUUCAAACUUGUCAGAAAUGUUUUUGGUGUUAUUCCUGGUGUUUUUUCCUGGUUGUGUCACUGGUUGCGUUGCUGAUGGUGUUGCUGGUUGUGUUGCUGAUGGUGUUGCUGGUUGUGUUGCUGAUGUUAUGUCUGGUUGUGUUGCUGAUGUUAUGUCUGGUUGUGUUGCUGGUGUUAUGUCUGGUGGUGUUACUGAUGUUAUGUCUGGUUGUGUUGCUGGUGUUAUGUCUGGUUGUGUUGCUGGUGUUAUGUCUGGUGGUGUUACUGAUGUUAUGUCUGGUGGUGUUGCUGAUGGUGUUGCUGAUGGUGUUGCUGAUGUUAUGUCUGGUGGUGUUGCUGUUCCUGCUAUUAAUCUUUGCACUUUUUUUUUCUAA